AUGGCGGGCCCGCACCGGGAGAUCAGCAUGGGGCAGAUGCGGCGGGAUGACAUAGGGCCUGCGCGACGGGACGAGGUGGGACCGGGACGGCGAGACGAGAUGGGAGGCGGCGCUUACGCGGUGGCGGGACCUAGCGGCCUGCGUGCACACGGCUCCAUGGAGGAGGGGAAGAAGGACAAGAAGAGGAAGGACUUGUCUGGCAAAUUGGGCAAGGAGAUGAGCGACCGCCGCGAUGACGGCCGCGCCUUCGCCGAAACUACAACAGCCCUCGCGGCAGCAUCCGCGACACUGGCCACCCGCCCAGCCGAUCACCCCCUCUAUCGCCUUCGCCUAUUACCCUACUCCCUCGAACGCUCCGCUGCACUCUCCGCCCUCGACUUCGAAGAAAAGCACGCGCUGGACUGCGUCCGCGCUGCCUACUCCGACGAGCGCGCCCGCGUCGAAGGCGAGUGGCGCGCCGGCCGCGAGCGCGUCGCAGCGCGCAUGCGCGAGGGCAUCGCCGAGCGGCGACGCCGGGCACGCGAAGAGAAGGAGUCCGAAGGCGCCGCGGGCGAGGGUGCCGGCGCGCGCGUGGACGUGACGCGCAAGCUGCGGCGCGGGGGUACGGGCGCGGACACGCCGGACGGGGCGGCGGGCGGGGCGACGCCGGGCGCGCAGCGGGACGCGGGGAUCACGGCGGGGCCGUUCCGCGACCCACUGUCGCUGAGCAUCGAUGAGAUCCCGUCGCCGUUUGCGCUGGCGCUGGUGAAUGGGGCGCCUGCGGGGGGUGCCGCGGCGGCGGCGAGCGCGAAGGGGAAGGGGAAGCGGGGUGCUGGGGGCGCGGGCAAUCGGAUGGCGCUGGGGCAGGCGGUGGUGCAUCUUGUGGGAUGCAAAGAGCAGGACAUAGAACAAGACCUGGGCGAGAUUCGGCGCGCGAGCAAGCGGAGGAGGCAGGCGUACUGGCUUAGCAGCGCUAGUGCAGUUGGUCUCAUUAGUCAACCUGAAGCAGUCGUCAGGCAUAUUCUCCAGCUACUCCUUCGCAUCUGCGCCGACAACGCCACUGUGAAACUGCACGGUGAAUCUGACAAGCAACAGAGCGCCGUGAAGAUGGAAUGGGACGCACUUUGCGCUCUUCUGGGCGAGAUCCCCGAGAUCCCCAUUGCGGUGUUCCUCAGCCAUGUCAUGCCGCCUGCACCGGUCGACAUUGAUUCUCUUGUCAACAUAUUAUGCGCCAUGAUCCACGUCGCCGGUCAAUCACCAUCGUUAGCGAACAAUUUCACCUUGGAAAGCCCGUACAAGGAGGACGAUCCCGAAAAGAAGGUCAUCUACGCCAUCAAGGACAACUGGCUGGAGGCGGGACAUAGCCUCGAGCUCGACGUUUACAACGACAUCAUCGCGUCGAUACGGGAGCACGACUGGUCGCAGUACACCGCACCGCCUAAACGACACGAUGACCUCGAUGGACCGCGGUGGCAGCAGCCUGAGCUCAAGAUCCCGAUUGAAUCGAGGCACGGGGAGGCGGGACUUGACCGGAUAAGGUUUUUUGUGCCCAUUUUGGAGGGGCUUUUUGUGCUUCAUCAAGUCGGCUAUUGCCAUCAAGAUGUCAGCCCUUACAACAUCCUCGAACUCGAUGGGCGCGGCGUCCUCGCGGAUUUCGAGUUUGUCACGCAUAGUAGCGACCUACAAGCUCGUCGUGACGCGAGAACGGGCACUGCAAACUUGAUGGCCGUCGAGGUCAUGCUAGGCGCACACAUCGUCCCGAAGCAAGCACACGCAAAGUACGCAGCACUGCUCCGCGAGAUAGCAAAAAAUCCGCAGAAGGCCGCCCAGCGAUCCGAUCCUUGGGCAUUUUCCCCGGUGCAUGACCUUGAGUCAGUGUGGUGGAUCGCGCUUUGGCUCCUUUGUCGGCAUACCGCAAAACCACCCCCAACGCAAUCCGAGUAUCAGGCAGAGGAUCACAAGAGCUUCUAUCUCCAGCUUUUCCCUGGCACGAUGGAUAGCGGCCAACGACAGCGGUUCCUCACCGCCGAAUACGAUCUCGCUCGCCUCUUCACAGCCUUGCCUCCUGAUUGGACGGAGCGCUUGUAUUACGGGGUACUCGUGUCUCGGAACGAGCUGAUGCUGGCGUACCAGGAGAGACAGUCCUUCGAAAACUUCGAGAAAACGAACCCGAUGUUGUGGUAUGCGGUUGAGGGCAUUCUCUGCGAAGCCGGUCGAGAACUUGCGGGGGAGUUUGUGCCGUUCGCCUUCUGA